AUGGCCGAUUUUCUGGACAGGCGACACUGGUGCCAUACUUUGCGCAGCGUUCUCCUAGUUGGCGGUGCUAAUACCUCGCAGGUCGGCUUUGCCGUCAUGGCCUCAGUGCCCGAUUCGGGCAAGGUAUACCCUCUCCUAGGGCGUGUUCAGGAUUUCCUUCGAGGCAGCCACUACGACCUGAACAUCACCUACCCAGAAUAUCUGGGAGCUACCUUCGAUGCUUCUACUACGAACCUGACAUACCUCCUCGCCGCCCCGAGCUCGCUCGACGAGAGUCCGGCAAAGCUGACUCUGUCCUUCCUUUCUCCACUUACACCGUCCUCGACUCUGCGGCAGUCACUUCCGGCGGCUUACCUCACAAUCUUCGUAGAGGGUUCUUUUGACGUGGAUGUGUAUGUUGACAUCAACGGCGAGUGGAUCAGUGGGAAAAGAGAAAGCCAAAUCGUGUGGGAGCUCCAAGACUUGAAGUCGAACGUGAAAUCAGAUGCAAAAAUCAAGACAUGGAAGAUAUCCCGGGAAACCCAGCAACUCCUCACCGAGUCUCGGGAUCGCGCCGAAUGGGGCAGUCUCUACUUCUCUGGCCCCGAAGAUGUCCGCUACCAGUCUGGUACUGUAACGGUUGUGCGCCAACACUUCGCGGCGAAAGGUCAUCUGAAGAAUGAAGUCGACUCACACUUCAGGGGGAUCUUCCAGGAGGAGCCCGUUUUUGCGUUCUCAAAAUCGUUCAAGUUCGGCUCCGGGAACACGACAACAAAGUCUGCCGACAGUGUGAUGUUCACAUUUGGCCUUGUUCAGGAUCCUGUAGUACAAUUUGCUUCUGCGAGGGGCUUGACUCUGAUGAAGCCUUUUUGGUCGACCUACUUUCCCGAUCCGGAGCAGAUGAUCAAAUACCACUACGAUGACUUCAAGGCCGCCAGCUCGCUAGCACAAAACUACUCAGAUCAACUUGCAGUUGAUGCAUAUGCCUCAGGGUCAUCGGAGUAUCAAGAAAUUGCAGCACUAUCUGCCCGACAGGUAUUGGGAGCUACUCAAUUCUCUGGCACACCGGACAACCCAAUUCUGUUUCUCAAGGAGAUCUCGUCAAAUGGAAAUUUCCAAACCGUCGACGUGAUCUUCCCGGCUUUCCCUUUCUUCCUUUACACGAACCCUCGAUGGCUGGCAUAUUUACUGGAACCGCUUCUGGAGCAUCAGCUUAGUGGGCAGUAUCCCAAUGAUUACAGCAUGCACGAUCUUGGGCUACACUUUCCCAACGCAACGGGACACGCUGAUGGUAGGGACGAGUACAUGCCGCUUGAAGAGUGCGGUAACAUGCUUAUCAUGGGACUGGCUCUUGUCAAUGCCUUCAAAUACGACACGCAGCCCGCCUUUGUCAAUGAUAAAGCAGAUGGCCUAGCUCAAGAACUGAGCAUGUCUGCCUCGGGGUUAGUCGACGAGUUCGGCAUGGACCGCGGAUGGGGAAGUAGCGAGGAGAUUGGUGUCACUGGAGAGAAAGAGGCUACAAAGUGGGUAGCCAAGUCAUACAGCCUCUGGACGAAAUGGACUGGCUACCUUGUGCGAGAAUCGCUCAUCCCUCGCAAUCAGCUGUCAACAGACGACUUUGCCGGCUGGCUUGCUUACCAGACUAAUCUGGCACUGAAGGGUAUUAUUGGUAUCAAGGCCAUGAGCGAAAUCGCUGAGCUGCUACAUCGGAAGGAUGAUGCCACGUACUAUCGCAACAUCUCAGACACAUAUAUUACCAAGUGGCAAGAGUAUGGCCUUUCCAGAGACAAGACUCACGCCAAGCUGGCCUACGACUGGUAUGGCUCGUGGACGACCUUGUACAACCUAUACGCGGAUUCUCUGCUAUGCUUCCAUCUCCCGGAGGACUCGAAGCCGGCCCUGCGCAGCUCUGCAAAGUGGCGGCCGGGACAGCGACCGAUCUCAGAUGACAAUGAACUCUCUGGCGGUGCUAAGUCUCACUUUGUUCCAGACGAAAUCUAUCAGAUGCAGAGUGACUGGUACCAUGCAGUGAUGCAACAGUAUGGCUUACCGCUCGACAGCCGCCAUCUGUAUACGAAGAGCGACUGGGAAUUCUUCGCUGCAGCGGUGACAGGCAAAACCACCCGCCAGGAGCUGCUCACGGCUGUUGCGAAGUGGGUGAACGAGACGACGACUGACAAGCCGUUUACCGACCUGUACAAUACCGAGGGUGAUGGUGGAUACCCCGGCCUCCAAUUCAAGGCGCGGCCAGUGGUUGGAGGACAUUUUGCGUUUCUGGCACUUGAGCGAGCAUGUGGAGGCAAAGCUGUCGCGGGUCUCAGCUUCCUUGAUGAGAAGGAGCCAGCAGCCAUUGAUAUUGAGGCAGUCCUUGCUAUCGACCAGGAAGUUGAGUUAGGAGAACUAUGA